AUGAGAAGAAUUGAAAAAUCUAGCUUAUAUCUCUAUGCAGCUUACACAUCAUCAUGCCUCGAAGAUCGAGCAUGGUCAUUCUGUGUUUCGUUAUGCAUGGCUCUUUUGGGAGGAAUUCAAUUGGUAUCAAUAGAGCAAAUGGCUGAAGGUUUGACCCAGAUAUUCUUCAGCGGCUUAUUAGGUAACCAAUUUGAUAAAUCAUCACGAAAAGCAGCAAUACGUGCAGUGAUUCCAUUGAACAAUCUGAGCUUGGUUACAUCAGCAUUAUGCUUCAUCGGAUGUCUGUCGUUGCCUAACGAUUCUCACUUCUUUCCAAUACUGCUCAUAAUUGGAAUUAUCUUCUGCUCGAUCAAUCGUUUGUUUCUCAAUGCUGAGAAAUUCAUAUUAGGAAGAGAUUGGGUUGUUGUUAUAAGCAAUAGAAACCUAUCUGAUCUGAACGCAAUUCUGACGACGUUGGAUCAGUUUGCAAAUGUUAUCUCGCCGCUGGUAACAGGAGGGCUCGUGAGUCUCAUAGGCUUAAAGAGUACCUGUGCCAUAUUUGGAAUCGGAAGCUUAGUUUCUAUGAUUUCGAAAAUAUUUUUUCUCCGUGCUCUGUAUAAGAGAGAAGAAGGAUUGCAUCAGAAAGAGACUUUGAUUGAGAAAAAAGCAGCUCCAGAAACUAGCAGAUUCUGCGAUCGGUUCUCAGAAGGAAUUCAAUCUAUUCCUAAUGUUAUUUCGAUUUACUAUGAACAAACUGUUUUCUCAGUUGCUCUGGGAAUGUCACUUCUUUUCAUGACAGUUCUGGGUUUUGAUGGGUUAGCCAUUUCCUAUGGUCAAUCGACUGGUCUACCUGAAGCUCUUCUUGGAGGAUUUAAAUCAUUCGGAUCAUUCAUGGGGAUUGCUGGAGCAUUAUCUUAUGCCUUUUUUGAAAAACGAUUUGGUGUCAGAAAAACAGGACUCAUUGGAUUAACGAGUCAGCAUGUUUUUACUAUGAUGGCUUUGGUAUCCAUUUGGUUGCCUGGCUCUCCAAUGAACUUGGGCGGAUACUUCCACUCAUUUUCGUGGCAUUCAUGGUGGGAUGAGCUGAAAGAUUCGUUCACAGCUAAUGGGACUGUGAGCAACUAUCAAUCAAAUAUAGAUUGGAACAACUUUACUGCUAACGGAAAUAGCAUGUUCAGUAUUUUCGUUUUCCUUACCGGCAUCGCAAUUGCUCGUUUCGGCUUAUGGAUGGCUGAUCUGAGUGUAAUGCAUAUAAUGCAGGUUGCUGUUCCGGAGAGACAGAGAAACACUGUUUUUGGUGUCCACAACUCUCUUUGUCAAUCAUUCUCUGUUUUGAAAGAUCUUUUGGUGAUCGCCUUACCUGACCCUCGUACUUUUGGGUUGUGCAUUAUAAUAUCAUACCUAUUCGUGACUACAGGACAUCUUUGUUAUAUUUACUAUAUCAUCAGAUAUCCGGAACCGGCCAAUGAAUUGGAAGAAGAAAAGCUCAGCAACAUUUCAACGGACGACGAAAAAAAAGAUAUAAUUAUUCGAUUAUGA